AUGUCUGAUCGAUACCAUCCACAGGCUAUUUUUCUUUCCUUUCUGGCAUUGACCCAAGUCACAACUUGUCAAGACAUCAACACACAACCUGUGGCAAAAGUGCUGAAGCUACAAUGGACAACCGACCAGACCUCCCCAGGAGAUCCGCUUACGCUCGGGACCUUUGGUCCUGAUGGGCCGUGGCAAGCCUUGCCUGGAGUAAUGAACAGACAUGAAUCGACUGCUACAAUCAAUACAACAGCCGUUUCUGCUCUCUGGCCAUCGCCAUGGACGAACAUAUCCGAGGUCAUGUGGAGAAGCUUUGACGUGGCCCUAGAAGCGCAAACAACCUUCUCAACGGGAAGGUACAAUCGACUGACCAUAUCGUCGUCUUAUUUCGAGGAAAGCAGGACGAGCCGUACCGGAGACUGGGUACCGGACUGGGACAUGUCCAUCCCAGACAUUGCGGGCAACUCGGUCAGGUUCUUCCACGUCAAGGCUCCUGUAGCCGCAAUUCAGUACGCCAGCAUCAGCUUUCCAGCAGUGGAAGGAUGGUCCUUUGUGGAGGACGACGUAGAGGGUACACUAGCUCUCGCACCUCCAGACAAACCAGUCUCAGAUAGCAUCAUUGCUCAUCUCAAAGACUGUGGCUUUGUGGAUGGCAACUGGUGGAGAUGGCAUGGGCUGAGUGCGAAUUGGAACCAAAGCGGCAGCUGGACAUGGGGAGGAGGCGAGGCGGCUCGUGUGAUGGGCGAUGUAGCCACGUUUGACCUUAUGGAAGAUAUUGACGCUUUCGAAUUUGCGUCAUGGCAACGCUAUCUGCCUCGGAUCUACUUGAUAGACGUCUCGCUUGGGUGGGAAAGAGGUAGCGGACCCUUUCUAAAAGAUGAGACAUUUCAAGGAAAGACAAAGUCCGUUUUGGCACCGAUCCCUACCAGCUUGAACAGCACCGCACGAAGACAAGGAGACCAACGUGACAACCUUAGGGAUAAUGUCAUGGUGGUGCCUGACCCGACAUUUCCUUUCCUGUAUCUUCCACCUGGCACUUGUGAGAAGGCCGCCAAGCAUCUGCCCGUGCACUGGGACGAGGGGCUGAAACUCUGGUUUUGGGAUGACGAAACAUCCCAGAGUAAUGAUUACCACUAUCGCCGCCUUGUCAACUCAUCAGCCUACAUGAGCUUCACACUACGAUCCAACCGCGGCCGCUACCCCGAACGGGAAGAUUUCCCACCCAGUCAAACAAUCACCAUCAAGGUCCCCUUCCAUCUUCUCGAUUUCUACAUUGAGCCCCCCCUCGUGUGGAGCGGAGUACAACGGCGACGAUUUUGGCCGUGCCGGUCAGUCAUUCCAACGGAGGGUUACUGGAAACUCGGCCGCGCGUUCCUUCAGGCGGCCUUUCUCGGCGUCAACUACGACAAAAACCUGGUGUACCUGGCUCAAGGAAUAGGUCCUGAUCCCAAUCUCCCAAGCGAGUUGACCGUGAUUAGACCAGGUGACGAAUAUAUUUCUGGAAACCCGAAUUUCCUCUAUAGAAAUGCCGAGGAUUAUUAUCAGACCUGGGCAAGUUAUGGGAAAGUUCUUGAGGACCGCAGGCCAGAUCAGGGGACACCUAGCUCGCCGGGCCCGGAGUCGUCACAGACCUCUUCGCUAGGGCGUGGUGGAACGAUUGGGCUUACGGUGGGGGCUACGAUCGGUGCCCUCUUGGUGUUUUGGUUAGUGUUUGGCACGACAAUUGAGAAACGAUGGCGGAAAAUAGCGAGGCGAGAUGGCGGUGAUGCGGGAGCUGGUGUUGAACUUGGGGGAUCAGACUCCACAGUGACGACACAGGGGCCUGCUCAUGAUGUUAGGGAUGCUGUAUCGCCAGGAUUGCCCAGGCCACCGACGUAUAAAGAGAGGGAUCAGAAUGAGUCGCCUCCACCGUAUAGGCCUUAA